GGAGGACUAUCCCAUGCCAGGACUUGUGGCGGCUGCAGCGGCAGCCUGGACUAGAGGAAGUGUAUUGGGGGCAGAACAGAAACAGCAGGAGCAGUUUUUAAGGAUACGAGCAAAGACUUUCAUUUUAUAUCCAGCAGGCACAAAAAGGAGCGACAAGAGCCUCUGGUCCAAGUAAACUGAUCAGCCCGAGAGCGCAUUCCAGCAGAGGAAAAUGAACCUCCCCGCCCGCUGUAAGCCUGUUUGACGGCUGAGGGCUCGUUGACUCCGAACUUUAUCCUGCUCUCUUUUUUUUCAGCAGCUUUGACUUACAAAAAGAGGAGGAAAACAACAAGAAGAAGAACAAAAGCCGUCGCUUUUACUUUGAAAAGGAAAGCCAAAGAUUCAUAAUGGAGGAGGGAUAUGAACUCGACCUGACGUAUAUCACAGAGCGUAUCAUAGCCGUUUCCUUCCCCCGGGGCUGCUCAGAGGAGAUCUACUUGCAUAACCUGAAGGAUGUCACACGAAUGCUCAAGUCCAAGCAUGCAGACAAUUACCUGAUUAUCAACCUGUCGGAGAAAAGACAAGAUCUCUCCAGAAUGAACCCCAAGACCCUGGAUACAGGCUGGCCAGACCUGCAUGCUCCACCUCUGGAUAAGAUCUGCACCAUUUGUAAGGCCAUGGAGAGCUGGCUCAAUGCCGACCCCCUACAUGUGGUUGUUAUACACUGCAGGGGUGGCAAGGGUCGAAUUGGCGUCGUCAUCUCAUCAUUUGUGCAUUUCACUGACGUGUCAGCCAGUGCUGACCAGGCAUUGGACCGCUUCGCCAUGAGGAAAUACUACGAUGAUAAGGUCUCAGCCCUGAUGACACCUUCGCAGAAGCGGUAUGUUUGGAUCCUCAAUAGCCUGCUAAGCGGAUCCAUGAAGAUCAACGCCUCCCCCUUGUUCCUGCACUGUGUCAUCCUUCAUGGGAUUCCAGACUUCAACUCCGCAAGAGUGUGCUGUCCUUACAUCAAGGUCUACCAGGGAAUGCAAGCAGUGUAUUCAUCUGGAGUCUAUCACAUUGGUCCAGGCCGCAGAGACCGUGUAUGCAUCAUGCUGGAGCCGGCACAGCUCCUAAAAGGGGACAUCAUGAUUAAAUGCUAUCAUAAAAGUGAUGUGACUUCAGAGCGCGAGGUUAUUUUCAGGGUGCAGUUCCACACGGGAGCAGUACAGGGUUACAACCUGAUGUUUGAAAAAGAGGACAUGGAGACUGCCAACAAAGAUCCCAGGUUUCCAGAUUAUGGUAAAGUGGAGCUGGUGUUCUCCGAGGGACCAGAGAAGUUCCCAGGUGCUGACAAGUGGAAAAAUGGGGGCGAUAUUAUUGUGGAUUACAACACAGCAGAUCCUCUAACUCGCUGGGACUCGUACCAGAAUAUUUGUGAUGGCGAAGCACCUCGCUCUCAAGGCCUAACACAGGACAAAGCAGCAAACAAGAGGAGCCCGACCAGAGGAGACGCCGCUCUGAGCCAAGGGCCGCGCACAACCUCUGCCACCUCUAGCCCUGACCAUAGUGACCACGCUCUCUCCGUCAGCAGUGACUCAGGGCUAUCUAGCACUUCUCUGUGGGCGGACAGACCCACACCUGUCGUCACCACCGCUGCCGCCACCAUCAAAGCUAACCAAGGACCAAGUCAGCAGGAAAAGGUCCAGUUAAAGCGCCUCCUGAGUGGUUUUGGCCUUGAGGAUUCUUCACUGGAUGAGAUGUCUAACCAAGGCUCUAGAGUGGGCAUGCAGCAGGUAGUCCCAGCACAAGUGCACAUCAAUGGAAACCCACGACCCAGAGAGAGGGAAACGGACAUUCUUGAUGAUGAGGUCAUUACAGGUCAUGAUCUACACAGUGUGGACAGUUUAGGGACCUUGUCAUCUUCGUGCCACAAGAGCAGCCAAAAUUCUCUGCUGUCAGAUGGCUUUGGGAGUCCUGGAAGAGAGGAGCAGCAAAGCCAAAGCCAGCACCACGUCCAUCAUGUCGCACCUCAUGCUGUUGAGGACUAUGAGAGAUCCUAUGCUGAGGCUAGGAGGGGCUAUCUGAGCUACAGGAGCAACUCUGUAGCCUCCUCUAAUCCCAGCAAUACCUCCGUGCCCCAGCAUCAUGUCUACAGACAGGGAAGCUAUUCCACACAGUCCUGGGUUCGUCAACAGCAAAUGGUUGCUGCACAACAGUUUAUCUACAUGCCCGAGGAUGGAAACGAUGCAGAUAGAUACCAUGGGAACAAGCAGGGGGGUAGUCCACCUAAAACAGACCUGCCCGCUGAACCACAGGGCCCCACUGGGGACACUACAGCAGAUGCUAUUAGAAACACAGCACCACACAAAGAACAGACAGCGAUAAACAAUAACAAUAACAACAAACGUGAUGAGGAGUUCAAGUCUCUCACAAAGGACAUCGACAACUCCAUCGACCAGCUCAAUCAGCUGAUCAUGGACCUGGAUCCCACGUUUGUGCCGGUGUCGAGCCACAGCAGCUCCAUUAAGAGAAAGGGUGGGGCGCCAGUCAACGGCUCCGUCAGCAAAUGCUCAAACGGCAUCAACCUCAGCUUCAGCAAUAAUAACUCAGCAGCCCCGAAAAACACACAGCAGACAGCUAUCCAGUCCAGUGAAGGGCGAGUGGGUGUCACACGGACUCUAAGUUGCCAAGGAAGGGACGUCAUGGAUCAUCCAGGCUUCUGUAACUCAAGAUGGGGUGAGACAGAGGAGUACAGAGUCCAACGGACAUAUUCCCCCUGUGUGCCACAGUCCCAGCAUUCCAUACUAUACCGAAGUGACAGCGCAGAUUACAGAGGCCACGACGCAGACAUAGACAGCACUGACAUACCUCCACCCACUCCUGCAUUCCCCAUCUCUCCACCAACACCUUAUGUGAAAAACCUGUCAGAGGUGACUUACCACAGGACUACCCCGUCUCCCAGCAUGCAGUCUUAUGCAGGCUACAGAACUGACCAUGAGCCCAGGGAAUAUUCAGAGAUCAAUCAGGUCGCAGUAGAGAGUUUGCCAGACCCCUCCAUUAACUGCCACAGGAUGCUAAGUUCUGCAUACUCUGCCUCUAUUGUUGGGAGCCUUCAGCAGACAGUCAGCUCAAACAAGAACCAGCCCUGGCCAGAGCAUCCUAUCCUGACCCACCACUCCUCUUUGAGUAGCUAUCCCUCUGCAAGACAGCCACUGCAGCACUCCUUGUCACUGGACUAUGGCCACCACUCUCCUCCCUUGAACCACCCUCACAUCCACCCUUCCCCUAAUGCCCACAGCUCUCCUCGAAGCAACCAGCGAAGCCGUAUGGCUAGCUAUGCUCUCAACCGUAGUCCUGCUCAAAGCUUUGACGAGCAGGAUGACUCAGGCCUUAGCUAUGGCACAGACUGUCCAAACCUGGACAGGGAUCUUUUACCCUCAAUGGACGGGCAGAAUCAGGUACCCCAAAUGCAGCCUCCACUUCUACCUGAAAAGAAGAGGGCAUCAGAUGGGGAUCACUCACUGGGAACAGCCUCUCCAGCCCUCAGUGGAUUCUCAAGUCCCCACAGUGGUAGCUCCCUGAGUAUUCCUUUCCCCAACAUCUUGCCUGACUUGUCAGCUCAGACAUCAGGCACCACCUCACCUCUGCCAGAUGUGCUGGCCAACAAGCAGGUUACUGUAAAAUUUGUGCAGGACACGUCAAAAUUCUGGUAUAAGCCAGACAUCUCAAGGGAUCAAGCUAUUUCAGUCUUGAAAGAUAAGGAGCCAGGCUGCUUUAUUGUGCGGGACAGCCACUCCUUCAGGGGGGCCUACGGUCUGGCUAUGAAGGUGGCUACACCCCCUCCCUCAGUUCUCCAGCAGAACAAAAAAGGAGGAGAUCUGUCAAAUGAAUUAGUGCGCCACUUUCUGAUUGAGUGCACACAGAAAGGAGUGCGGCUGAAGGGCUGCCCCAAUGAGCCAUAUUUUGGAAGCUUAACUGCAUUGGUCUACCAGCAUUCAAUCACUCCCUUGGCCCUGCCCUGUAAACUUAUCAUACCUGACAAAGAUCCUCUUGAAGAUGUCGUGGAGAACACCUCACAAUCAGUAACAAACUCUGCUGCUGAGCUGCUAAAACAGGGUGCAGCCUGUAAUGUUUGGUACCUGGGCUCUGUGGAAAUGGAGUCACUAACGGGCGUCCAGGCAGUGCAGAAGGCCACCACUAUGAUCCUGAACUCCAACCCUCCACCAACCUCCACUGUGGUCCACUUCAAAGUUUCUUCUCAGGGAAUCACCCUCACUGACAACCAGCGGAAGCUCUUUUUCAGGAGGCAUUACAAUGUCAACACAGUAAUAUACUGUGCUCUGGACCCUCAAGAUAGAAAGUGGAAAAACGAUGGCUGCCCAUCAGCAAGAAUCUUCGGCUUUGUGGCGAGGAAAACUGGCACGUCGACGGACAACAUAUGCCACCUGUUUGCGGAGCAUGACCCUGAGCAGCCAGCAAGCGCUAUUGUCAACUUUGUGUCCAAGGUGAUGAUUGGUUCGCAUAAGAGUAAGUAAGACCAAGUGGAUCACCUGGACAGAUGUUCGCAGCGAGUACAAACAACAAAUCAAAGACCGACCGGCUGAAGAAAGGAUUAAAUAUAAUGACUUAAGAUGGUGGUGACCUGGAUUUUUAACUGGAUAUGACACAAGUGUAUAAUGAUCACCUGUACAAGGACAUUCAGUGACAUUCAGUAAUAGAACUGUAAAUCAACCCAGUAAAUCAUCAUUAUUUUCGCCUGGUUUACAACUGUAAUGUCUUACAUAGUAAUAUAAUCAUUAUUAACAUAUUUUAACUUCCUUAUACUAAGGCUGCUUUUGUUAUUCAUUCAUAGCAUUUUAUGGACAAACCAAGAAAAACUCUACAUUGUUGUAUGUAUGUGUCUCUCUUAUUUAACCCCAAAGCCAAAAAACUUCAUGCAAGCAUUCAUUAAGAUUUUAUCAAGUUGUACCUGAUGUAGAAAUACCUCUAUGCUGCAUUAAUCCAGCAUGCAGGAUUUCUCAGUGGAUUUAAAAAGAUGCAAAAGCAGUGUUGCAAGUAUGUAUAAUUUGGACUUUGUGUCUACCUUCAUCACAUGCAUGGUUAUUUAAUCUAUGCAAUGUAAAUGUUUCUUUCUUUUUUUUUUUUUUUUUUUUUUUUACACGGCCUUUUGUACAAUAUGUUGCAUUAAGUGGCUUCUUUGAACCUGUUAAAUCAAUUUUGUCAUAAGAUGUGUUUGAGAAUGAUCACUUUUAAAGCUGUCAACAUUUUAAGUGCGAACGUGUGUGUGUGUGUGUGUGUGUGUGUGUGUGUGUGUGUGUGUGUGUGUGUGUGUGUGUGUGUGUGUGUGCGUGCAGGUGUUUAAAUGAGAAAAGUUGUAGAAAAAUAUUUUAAUUAUACCCUAAUAUAUAUUCUGACUUGACAGAAACUGGUUAAAAACACAUUAGUACUUUGCGUAGAUGGUACAAAAGGAAUUCUGCUCUCUGCUACAAUCAUUUUUUACUUUGUGUGGACUAAAAAUGCAAUGUUACAUUGUGAACUUGGUUCUCUGAGUGAAGAGUCUUUGCAGCUUUAGGGCUGCUUGGAGACACAUUCUGAUCAAAUUAUCAGGGUUUUCACGCCAGCACAAGUGCUUUAUAGGCAAGCUGUGGGGCAUGACUGGACCAGCCGCAAUGUCUUAAAGAUGUAUCCACACGCCCUGACUAGCGGGGGGAUCAUCCCUGUACAUAUGCAAUAUGUAAUGGACUGGAGAGAUGGUCUUGAUGUGACAGAGAACAACACUGCAGUCUUUCAGUGUCAAAAAUAAAGCAGUAUACACAUAGUUGUAUUUUUUUGUUUUUUAAACUAAAUGUGUAAAAACACACACCCACAUAUAGGCUGCUAUUUUGAUCAAACAAAUGCUGUUAUUGAGAAGAAAACAGAAGGUAGAAAGAGGUCAGUGUUGUAAUUUGCACAAAUAGGUUUAGUGUUUAGCAUAAUUAACUAGUCAUCUGUCAAUGAUACACAUUUGCUCCUGGAAAAAUCUCUGUUAUUACUGCAGCUGAUUGUUUGUUGACACUGUAUAAAAAGACGAUGACCAUAGAAAUGGAUUUGUGUUGGGUAACCAUUUUAUCCAGAGACGGACCUACAACCACACUAACAACUGGUGAUAUUCUUGCAUCAUAUGCACACUUAUCAUUUUCAUGACCUAUUAUGUGUACCUCAUACUUAUCUCAUACGAUGAUGUGCCUCUAUGUAAAACAUGCUACAUAUGAAUGAUUUAUUUGUGUAUGGGCAUUGCCAUGUUUUUGUUGAGUUGUGUAAAUAAUAAACAUAAUGGAACAUUUAUUUAAUCUUGAUCCAGUAGAUUCAGCAACAAGCGGGACAAUUAGCCUCAUAUCCAGUGCUGUAAAAUGGUUAUUUGUUGGUUUUUGCAUGAACUUUAGAGGUGCUAGAUUGGGUAAUUGUUUCUCUUGAUUAGAACAGGUUAAUUUAGUGCUAUUUCCUGUUCUUGUAUCUUUGUGCUAAGCUAUGCUAUGCAGCUUUAUAUAAGCAUAAAGACCCCAGGAUGGUAAUAUCUACCAGCA